AUGAAGGGAUUCGUUGGUGGUAUUCCCCUGGCCCUUUUGGUGGCCGCUGUUCAGGUCCAGGCUAUGGAGACUGGCACCGUGAUCGGUGGUACCGCCAUGGGCGGCCCGUCUGGUCAGGAUGAGGAUGGCUCAUUCACUAGCCCAUACAGUGCCAAUGUCCACACCCACACAAAUGUGAAUGAGCACUACAAGGACAACCACUCCAUCAACAUCAAGGACAAGACCGUUUACCCUCCACCUAACAUUGCUUUCGGCCCCGGUGCGGGCCCAUUUGCUCAUGCUGAUGGACCUGGAGCUGGUCCUUUCCACAAGCGAAGCUGGCCUUCCGGCGGUACUGCUGAGGGUGGUCCCUCUGGCAAUGAUGAGGGUCAGAGCUUUAACAUGCCCAUCACUGGCAUCUUCCACACCGACGUCAACGAGUACAGCAAGGAUGACCACUCUAUCCACGUGAAGAACAAGGAUAUCCACCCGGGCCCCAUCAUUGUCGCUCCUGUGCACCCUCCUCCUGAGUUCGCUGGUCCUCCCAAUGGCCCUGGUGGCCACAGCCCCUUCCGCGAGGCUAACAGCCAGACACCUGAGAAGUUCCACCUCUCUGCCGAGGCUUUUUCUAAGCGUGGGUACCCCGGUGGCACCGCCAUGGGAGGCCCCAGUGGUGGUGACGGUCCCUCCGACGAGGAGGAAUUCCCCGUCAUUGCUGGAGGCACUGCUAUGGGUGGUCCUUCCGGUGAUGACAAGGGCAUUGAUGAUGAUUUCUCCCAGACCGCUGAUAUCCACACCAACGUGAAUGAGGACUGGAAGGAUGAUCACUCCAUCAACAUCAAGCACAAGGAUGUCUACCCUGCUCCUUCCCACCCUCCCUUCGGUUUGCCCUUCAAGCGCAGCUUGUACCCCCACGGUGGUGGUGGCACUGCCAUGGGUGGUCCUUCUGGAAACGACGGUGGUCAGAGCUUUGACAUGCCCAUCACUGUUGAGACUGAUACCACUGUCAACGAGGCCUACCAAGACGAUCACUCCAUCCACCUCAAGCACAAGGACGUUUACCAGGCUCCCCACUUCCACCCCGGUCCUUUCCCUCGUGCCUACUCCCCUGACCGCGAGGGAGGUGACGAUGAUGACUUCGAUGGCCCUGUCCCAGUUUCCGGCGGUACUGCCGAGGGUGGCCCUUCGGGAGACGACGAUGGUGAGAGCUUUGGCGCUCCCACCAACAUCGGUGUGGACACCAAUGUGAACACCAGCCACGAUGACAACCACGCGAUCAAGCUAGAUACUACCACUGUUCACCCUUCCUCCUGGGACUUCCACCCUGUUGCCGCCCCCGUUCAGGAAGUCCCCCAGGCUCCCGUCGAGACCGCCCACGAGGAGGUUCCCGAGAUGCCCUGGAUGACCUACACUGAGCAGCAGCACGCUGCCAGCGUUCCCCUCGAGGCCCACACAACUCCUCAGGCACCCGAGCACCACGAUAUCCCCGCUGCUCCUGAGCACCAUGAGAUCCCCGCUCCGUCUGAGCCUGCUCCUCCCGUCCACCGUGUCGAGCACGAGGAGACUUCCCAGUGCUCCGCUCAGGUCCACGAGGUUGUCCGUACCGUCACUGAGACCCAGUACAAGCAGGUCCAUGCCACCGAGACUGUCUACCAGCAGGUUCCUGUCUCUCAGGCUGUCCAGACCAGCGCAGUGCCAAUGUCAGCUAUUCCCAUGCAAUCCGCUGUCCCUAUGCAGUCUGGCUCUGAUCCUAAGAUCCUGUCCUUUGCCGCCCCUGCUCGCUCUUCCUCUGAUGUUGCCUCCGCCAGCUACGCCUGGCCCUCCAAGAGCGCCAGCGCUGCCCCCUCUGCCAAGUACUCUCAGAUCCCCGUCUACGUUCCCGUAGCCACCCCCUCGUCCAGCGCCGCCUGGGCUCCCUCGGCCACCCCUGCUGUUAGCAUGAACAUCCCCAGCGGUGUUUCCCCCGAGCAGAGCGCCCGUGCUUCCAAGUCUGCUCAUGCUACCCCCUCCGCUGCCGGUACCAUGUUCACCGGUGCCGCCAGCCGCGUCUCCGGUGGUCUCGUCUCUGCCGCCGCCGCCGUCGUCGGUGUCCUUGCCUUUGUCCUGUAA